UGUUAGUUAAGUUUGGGCAGGGGAUGAGUUCCAAAACACCCCCGUCACAGCACACAUGUGGUAGACAUGUGUUGUCAUUUGUCUGAAAGGCAGAAGCACAGCUGUUGGGACAACACCUCAUAUCUAAACCCUCUGUGACAGGGGACAGAAGUGACAUUCUUUCAGUGUGGAUACAACCAACUUCUUUUAUACUACGAUAUAGCCGUAUAGGCUUUACGAGAGCAAUGGAUACCCGUCUGUGCAAACAGAUUCAGUGCUCGGUGUGUUUGGGGGAUUUCACAGAUCCAGUGAGCUUGCUGUGUGACCACACGUUCUGCAGACAGUGUAUCAGCAAUCAUUCCCACAGCACCCGGCUGAGAUUGUGUCCGGAAUGUCGCAGACCCUACACCAUGUGGGAUCUCCGAUCCAACCGGGUCCUACGGAAUAUGGUGGACGCGGUGCGGGAACAUCUGACCGAACAACAAGCCCUGAGGGACAGCAACAUUGCUGCUUCUGGAGCGCACUGUGGGGCCGUGAGAGUGUUUGAGGAACCUGAGAAGCUGGUGUGCUCCGAUCAUAAAGAGAGACUCAGGCUGUUCUGUGAGACUGAUCAGAAAUUGGUGUGUCUGAUCUGUAGGGAUUGUGAGAAACAUCAGGGACACAAGUUCAAACCUGUGGAGGAGGCAGCGGAGCCCAGGAAGAAAUUGUUGUUAGAACCUCUAAGUUUCGUGUCAAAGGAGAAUGAAGACCUGGAGGCUCUUAUCAAGAAACAGACUAAUGAGAUCUCUAAAACUGAGGAGAGAUCCAGACAGCUCUCUGCCCAGAUCUCUGCUCAGUUUGAGGAGAUGCGCCAGUUCUUGAAGAAAAAAGAGGAGGAAGUGAAGAAACUGCUGGAGAAAGAAGAGAAGGAUUUGGUGGAAAAGAUGAAGAAAAACAGAACAGAAAUUGAGGAGACACUGAACGAUGGAAGAGAGAAGGAAGGAAUUUUACACUCGGUUUUAGAGACGGAUCAGCCGGACGGAUUUCUGCAGUGGUGGACUGAGAAAGGGUUGGAGUUUGUUGAAGAGAUGAAAGACAACGAAAACGGCAGUGAAAAUGAUGAAAUUGUUUCUCAAAUAACACAGUUCAAAUCAGCAGUGAAAGAUCUGAAAGUGACACCAAAUUCUCUGUUUCUUGGCCUUCGUGAAACUCACUUGCAGUUUAUUGUGUGGAGAGAGAUGCUGGGGACUAUCAAACCGGUCCCUGAUCAUAAUGUCAUACAUGACUGUCAUGACCCAUACCUACGUGUCUCCACCGAUGGACGCUGCAUCAGCCGCACAUCUAAAAAGGGGAUUUUCUUGAGCCACAAAGACUAUAGACCAGUGGCCCGGACCCACAAGACCUUCCAAUCAGGACAACAUUACUGGGAGGUGGACGUAGGAGGAAAGAUAGACUGGAGCGUGGGCUUCGAUGGCGGCUGUAUAAGUAACUUAAACAAGGACAUUGGACUUCACCUUAAGCAUGACCAAGGAUACAGCAUCAAAGAGUAUGACACAGUGAAAGAGAUAGAUCUCCCAGUGAAACCACGAAGGAUAGGUCUGUACCUGGACUGUGACAGGUGUCAGGUGUGCUUCUAUAAUGCGGAUGAUAUGACUUUACUGCACACCUCCACAUACGCUUUUGCCAUACCGUACUCACUCAGUCUCUCUCCAGGAGCUUAUCUUGCUGGGAAGAAUGCUGAUCCAUUAACUGUUAGCUGGAACUGAUCCAUAUGGUAAACAAUUAGAGAGGUGAUUACAAUGUAGUUAGCAGAGAUUAGAGAGAGUGAACCAGAUAUAGUAAUUAAAUAUUGAUCUACUGCCGAUCAAAGAAAAAGAAAAUUCUGUCAUCAUUUACUCACCCUCUUGUCAUUUAAAACCUGAAUGACGUUCUUUCUAGAACACAAAAGAAAUUUUGAAGAAUGUUGGUAACCAAACAACGGCGGUAUCCUUUGACUUGCAUUGGUUUUGUGUCCAUACAAUAGAAGUGAAUGGGUACCUCCAUUGUUUGGUUACCAACAUUCUUCAAAAUAUCUUCUUUAUGCUUCUGUAGAGAGAGGUUGAGAAAAGGCUGUUGUAUUCCCCCACGCAGUGUGUUUAACUUAUUUCUCAGACCAUUUGUGUUUUCAUACCUGUUAGUUUGAGCUUGAGUUUAGUAAUAUUGUCCACACUGAGGAUGGACACAAUUACUUAUGAAAUAAAAAUAAUUAUUUUGGAAAAAGAUGUGAUAUUAAGGGUUGUAUCUGUGUUUCAGGCGGUGAAAACUUUUUAUUCAAAUCUUUGUCUGUUAUUUAUUA